CCCCCACGCGUGGGUGGCGGCGCGCUGCUUAUGCGGCCCCGGCUGGUCCCCUUCAUCUGUGCUUGGCACUGCUGGCGUGGACAAGCGGACAUGGCGAGCUCCGUCUGUGAGGGCCAUGCGGGCCAGGAGGGCGAGACGUUCCUGUACUUCGCCUACGGCAGCAACCUGCUGACCGAGAGGAUCCACCUGCGAAACCCUUCCGCCGUGUUCUUCUGUGUGGCGCGCCUGCAGGACUUUAAGCUCGACUUUGGCAAUUUCCAAGGCAAAACAAGUGAGAGGUGGCAUGGAGGUAUAGCUACCAUUUUUCAAAGUCCUGGCGAUGAAGUGUGGGGAGUAGUAUGGAAAAUGAACAAAAGCAAUAUAAGUUCUCUGGAUGAGCAAGAAGGAGUUAAAAGUGGAGUAUAUGUCGUAAUAGAAAUUAAAGUUUCAACUCAAGAAGGGAAAGAAAUAACCUGUAGAAGUUACUUGAUGACGAAUUAUGAGAGUGCUCCCCCAUCACCACAGUACAAGAAGGUUAUUUGCAUGGGUGCGAAAGAGAAUGGUUUGCCACUGGAAUAUCAAGAGAAGUUAAAAGCAAUAGAACCAAAUGACUAUAAAGGAAAGAUCUCAGACGAAAUGGAAGAAAUCAUCAAAAAGGGAGAGUCAAAACUGUCAAGAACGUAACAGAAUCUGAAGAUAUUUCUGUGUGCGAGGAACAGUGUUUUUAGUGUUUGC